UGAAAUGUGAGGAGGAGCCAUGGACUGCCAGAAGCCAUAAAAGGACAAAGCUCCCCCAAAAGGACCAGAAGUGCAGUAGGUUCUCAGAAACGCUGAGCAAGAGCACUGACACUGACAUUGUCACGAUAAGAUCACACAACAGAGCGAAGCCAUGAAGGUCUAUGUUCUCUUUUUUCUCCUGCUUCUGGCUUGCAUGUGUCCAAGCUUGGCACAAGGAACUUAUGAAAAUUGCUGCUUGAGGUACGGCAGUGGGAUGAAAAAUUCCAUCAAAAAAAAAGUUGUGAGCUACAGGAUUCAGCAGACUGAUGGAGGAUGCAACAUCCCAGCUAUUGUAUUCAAGACGAAGAGAUCAAAGACGUUCUGUGCUGACCCCAGCCAGCAGUGGGUGCAAGAUCUGAUGAACACUGUAAAGCAGGGAAACUGAACUGAGGAGACUAUUCUGGAGCCAAAAUGAU